GCCAAAGGUAGGUUAUUUUCUAUAGCCAAAGAUUUUAGUUUUGUAAAAAAUGUUUCCAGUGUUAAUUUAUUUAAGAAGGCUACAUAAAAUUAGAUAUUCGGAGAUAAAAAAGACGCGUAACUUAUUUCACUCCGUUUAUAGAAAUGUGUGGUUGUCUCAUUCAACAGCAUGUAACUCAAAAACUUCUUUAUGUAUAAAUGAUGUUAGCUUAGAUGAGUACAUUUCACGAAUUCAACAAGAGUAUGUUGAGAUAUCAAAAAGCGACAGUUAUCUUACAGCAUCCAGAUAUCACGAACUGAAACCAAUAAUUACUAUACUUGAAGAGAGACAUACAGUGUUAGGUAAUAUUUCAAGUUUAAGAGAACUUAUAGAGUCAGGUGAUCAAGAUGUUUCUAACAUGGCAAAAGACGAAAAAAGGCAACUUGGAGAUAAAUUAGAAGAAUUGGAAAAUAAUUUAAUUGAAGCAAUCUUACCACAUAACAAGGAAGAUCUGUUUGAUUCAAUUUUGUUGGAAGUUCAAGCUGGUGUCGGUGGACAAGAAGCUAUGCUUUUUGCACAAGAAAUGUAUGAUAUGUAUUUGGGAUUUAUUGAAUAUAAGGGUUGGCACUAUGAAAUCAUAGAUUAUUUGAAAACUGAUAUAGGAGGUCUACGUCAUGCUUCAGUUUUGGUCGAUGGCCCUAUGGCUUUUCAAUAUUUCAAAUAUGAGGCUGGUGUUCAUAGAGUACAACGUAUACCAGCCACAGAAAAAGCUGGGAGAGUUCAUACCAGCACUGUAUCUGUAGUAGCUCUACCCCAACCGAGCGAAAUAGAUAUUACUAUAGAACAGAAAGAUUUAAGAAUUGAAACAAAAAGAUCAUCAGGUGCAGGUGGUCAACAUGUUAACACAACAGAUAGUGCAGUAAGAAUUACUCAUUUGCCAACAAACCUUGUGGUAGAAUGUCAAGUAGAUCGCUCGCAAAUAAAGAAUAGGAAACUUGCAAUGGCAAAGUUGAGAGUACUUCUUUACCAAAAAGAACUGGAUGAACAAUUGGCUCAAACCGAAGCAACGAGAAAAAGUCAAGUUAGAUCAAGUAAUCGUAAUGAAAAAAUCCGUACCUAUAAUUACAGUCAGGAUAGAAUAACAGAUCACAGAUUAGAAGGAGUCCAUUUUCAUAAUUUAAAAGUUUUUUUGCAAGGUGGUAAUGAUUUAGAAGAUAUGAUUCAACAAGUAAAUAGACAGUCAAAAAUAGAUAGUUUAUUAAAAUUAAUUAGAAAUAGAUAAUCGAGUUAUUUAAGAAUUAGGCAAAAAAUUAUAAACUAACAUUAACUAAUAAUUAUUAAAGAAAAACAAAG